UCGCCGCAGGCGUCGAAGGGAGAAGACGAGGACGUGGGGUCCUAGUGCGCGCCGGCUUCGUUCUCCGCCUCCCGAUUAUGGCUCGGAUCUGGAGGCCGGUGAGGCUCCUGCGACUCUGAAGCCAUGAAGACCAUCAUCGCUGCCUAUUCCGGCGUCCUGCGAGGCACUGGGUCUAGCAUCCUCUCUGCUCUUCAGGAUCUGUCCUGGCUGUCCAAGUCCAAGGUCGAGAAGCAACUGCAGGUGAUCUCGGUGCUGCAAUGGGUGCUGUCCUUCCUCGUCAUGGGUGUGGCUUGCACGGUCAUCCUCAUGUACAUCCUGUGCACAGACUGCUGGGUCAUUGCGGCGGUCUAUCUGGUGUGGCUGGUGUUUGAUUGGAACACUCCCAAAAAGGGAGGAAGAAGAUCUCAGUGGGUCAGAAACUGGGCCGUGUGGCGAUACUUCCGGGAUUACUUCCCAGUCCGACUGGUUAAAACUCACAACUUGAUGACCAACCGGAACUACAUCUUUGGCUACCAUCCUCAUGGAAUCAUGGGAUUGGGUGCCUUCUGCAACUUCAGUACGGAGGCAACAGGCGUGGGCCAGAAGUUCCCUGGGAUCCGACCAUACCUUGCUACACUGGCCGGGAACUUCCGGAUGCCCAUUUUGAGGGACUACUUAAUGUCCGGAGGUAUCUGCCCGGUGAACCGCGACACCAUAGACUUCAUCCUCUCCAAGAACGGCACCGGGAACGCCAUUGUGAUCGUGGUGGGGGGCGCAGCCGAGUCCCUGAACUGCACGCCGGGCAAGAACUCCGUCACCCUCAAAAACCGGAAAGGCUUUGUGAAGCUGGCAUUACGGCACGGAGCGGAUCUGGUGCCCAUUUACUCCUUUGGCGAGAACGAGGUCUAUGAGCAGGUGAUCUUUGAAGAAGGCUCCUGGGGCAGGUGGGUGCAGAAGAAGUUCCAGAAAUACGUCGGCUUUGCUCCCUGCGUCUUCCACGGACGGGGCCUCUUCUCCUCCACCAGCUGGGGAUUGGUGCCAUAUUCCAAACCCAUCACUACUGUCGUUGGGGAGCCCAUCACCAUUCCCAAAAUCGAAAAUCCCAGCCAGAAGGAAAUAGACCUUUAUCACAGCCUCUACAUGAACUCUCUGAUUAAACUUUUCGACAAGUACAAGACAAAGUUUGGCCUGCCAGAAACAGAGGUCUUGGAAGUCAAUUGACGGGCACCAGAGACGAUCCUUCGGUCUUGCGUUUUCGGCGGCAGAAAGACACUUGGCAAAGAGACACUUUUUCUUCGCCUGCCGGAAUCCAAGUUGUGUUCUUCUUUUUUUGUUUGGUCUCUUGUCUGUGAACUGGGGAAGUGAGCAUGGAAGUGUGCGUCAGCUUUUUAAAAGGACAAAAGGAAAUUAUGUUUGUCUAAAUAUUCGAAAUGUUAGACUUCUCUAGGAACGUUUUAUUUUUCGGUUUCUUUGCGUUUCCUGCUCUGUCGGUGACAUGGUACCGCUCCCCACAUUGAAUGGGAAGAGACCACAAGGCACUGAGUUGCCCUUGGAAAUGGCCAUUUGGGGUCGAAAACAGAGCCCUUCUUUAGAUUCUGGCCACUGAGUGACCAUCUCUGGCUUGGGAUCCCCAGGAGGCCUUUCUCAGGUGUAUCAGCCUGAGACCCUAUUAGCCUGGGAUAAUUCGGGACCAAGCCUGGAAGCUUCUGCAGGCAAGCCAUGUAUUCUGCCCUUCCUAGUCAACUGAUAACAAAAUAGGGUUUGUGGAACAAAGCACUUAUUUGGACUGGAGUUUGAUUGGCCAGCCUCGAUGGAGCAGGCAUUGUGUCCAGUGCCAUUCCCAAGUGGCGAUAAGUAAUAAUAUAUGAAAUGUUUUGGGUUAUUUUUGUGUGUCAGGAGCAAAUUGAGAAACUGCAAGUCGCUUCUGGUGUGAGAGAAUUGGUGGUCUGCAAGGACGUCGCCCAGGGGAUGCCCGGAUGUUUUUUGAUUUUUUACCAUCCUUGUGGGAGGCUUCUCUCAUGCCCCCGCAUGGAGAGCUGGAGCUGACAGAGGGAGCUCAUCCCUGCUCUCUCUGCAACCUGUCAGUCUUCAGUUCUGCCGGCCCAGGGGACGCCCAGAUGUUUUUUGAUGUUUUACCAUCCUUGUGGGAGGCUUCUCUCAUGCCCCCGCAUGGGGAGCUGGAGCUGACAGAGGGAGCUCAUCCGUGCUCUCUCUGCAACCUGUCCAUCUUCAGUCCUGCCAGCCCAGGGGACACCUGGAUGUUUUGACGUUUUACCAUCCUUAUCGGAAACUUCAGAAAUCCCAGGUGGCGCAGUGGGUUAAACUACUGAGUUGCUAAGCUUGUUGACCGAAAGGUUGCACGCUCGAACCCAGGGAGCAGCAUGAGCUUCCGCUGUCAGCCCCAGCUUCUGUUAACCUAGCAGUUCGAAAACAUGCAAAUGUGAGUAAAUCAAUAGGUACUGCUCUGGCAGGAAGGUAAUGGCGUUCCAUGCAAUCAUGCUGGCCAAAUGACCUUGCAGGUGUCUACGGACAACGCUGGCUCUUCGGUUUAGAAAUGGAGAUUAGCACCACACCCCAGAGUCGGACACAACUGGACUUAAUGUCAGGGGCAAACCUUUACCUUUACUAUCGGAGGCUUCUCUCAUGUUCCCACAUGGGGAGCUGGAGCUGACAGAGGGAGCUCAUCCCACUCUCCUUGGAUUCGAACCUCCAACCUAUUGGUCUUCAGUCCUGCUGGCACAAGGGUUUAACCUAUUGGACUACCUGGGGCUCCAUAAGAAAUGCUAUGAGUUGUAUGUUGAAAUUCAGUUGGUUGUCCCUCUCCAGGGAUUCUGCAUCCAUGGAGUCAACCAACCAUGGUUCCUCCUUUAGGCUCCCAUUUUGUAGUUCCACAGGCUCUCUCUAGCAGUCAUUUGACAUAUUCGCCAUUUUAUACAAGGGUUGUCGCUUUGCUAUGCCAUUGUAUAUAUUGGGACUUGAGCCUCCAUUGAUUUUGGUAUCUAUGUGGAUCUUGCAAAAAAGCCCCAGCGAAUCUACCAAGGGCCCACUGUAUCAUUGCAAGCAGUCCUCUCCUCUCCACAGCUGCAUGUGCUGUGACAUUCCAGCAGUACUUUUCUGUGGAAGUUGGACCCAUUGGGCUAGAUUCAAAUUAUACAUCUACAAUUGGCAAACACUAGAUCCCCGGGUUUAUUUUAUUUAUCGUGUCAGGAGCAAACCUAACAGUUGUAUUGCAUUUUAAACAAACAAGCAAAACACAAAGUUUGCAAGCUUGAUAGUUGAUUAAAUGUCCUCUAACCAGUAUCUGGCCACUUGGAGUGCCUCUGGUGUUGCCGCAAGGAGGUCCUCCAUUAUGCAUGUGGUGGGGCUCAGGUUGCAUUGCAGCAGGUGGUCAGUGGUUUGCCCUUCUCCACACUCGCAUGUCGUGGAUUCCACUUUGUGGCCCCAUUUCUGAAGGUUGGCUCUGCAUCUCGUGGUGCCAGAGCGCAGUCUGUUCAGCACCUUCCAAGUCGCCCAGUUUUCUGUGUGCCCAGGGGGGAGUCUCUCAUUUGGCAUCAGCCAUUGGUUGAGGUUCUGGGUUUGAGCCUGCCACUUUUGGACUCUCGCUUGCUGAGGUGUUCCAGCGAGUGUCUCUGUAGAUCUUAGAAAACUAUUUCUUGAUUUAAGUCAUUGACGUGCUGGCUGAUACCCAAACAGGGGAUGAGCUGGAGAUGUCUCUGCCUUGGUCCUUUCACUAUUGGCUGCUACUUCCCGGCGGAUGUCAGGUGGUGCAAUACUGGCAAUUUCUCCAUUGGUGUAGGGUGCAGCCACCCCGUGAUUAUGCGACAUAUCUCAUUAAGAGCCACAUCCACUGUUUUAGUAUGGUGAGAUGUGUUCCACACUGGGCAUGCAUACUCAGCAGCAGAGUAGCAUAGCGCAAGGGCAGAUGUCUUCACUGUGUCUGGUUGUGAUCCCCCAGUGGUGAUCCCCCAGUUAAACCCUUGUGCUGGCAGGACUGAUGACUGACAGGUCGAAGGUUCAAGGAUGUUAAAGCAUCAAACAUCCAGGUGUCCCCUGUGCAGAGGCGGCCCUAGGUAAUUUUCAACAGUAAGCAAACAGUAUUUUGGCACGCCUCCCCCCAACCAAUCACUGAUAUCUAUUUUCUGUUCGUCGUAGGAGUUCUGUGUGCCAUAUUUGGUUCAAUCCCAUCAUUGGUGGAGUUCAGAAUGCUCUUUGGUUGUAGGUGAACUAUACCUCCCAGUAAUUACAACUCGCAUAUGUCAAGGUCUAUUUUCCCCCAAGAGCGCCUCAAGAGUGCCCCUGGGCAAAAUCAAAUAUACUGCAAAUGCUUACUUUGCGUAAUGGGUUGAGCCGCCCCUGCCCCUGGGCAAUGUCCUUGCAGACAGCCAAUUCAAUCAAUCAAUCAAUGAUUUAUUACGGUGUUUGACCAGCACAGAAUAGAAUGAGGCACAGGAGCCCAAGGAAGGGAAUCGUAGAUAGCCAAUUCUCACACACCAGAAGCGACUUGCAGUUUCUCAAGUUGCUUCUGACAUGGAAAAAAAUUGGAAAACUCAACCAGAUUCAGAGUGGACCCUCAGCAUUUUGUCGUUUUUGUGUGAGCUGAUUGCACCAUCUCAUAUUUUCUUUUGCAUUCACUUUAUGGCAUAAGGAAAGACAGGGAAUAGUGGCGUGAAGGGGCCCACUAGUGGGAAGGAUUAAAGGGAAUGGAAAUGGAACUUUUUUAUGGAAAAUGCACCAAAAAAAAGGACGUGAAGGAGACUUUUUUUCCCAUAGGAAUAAAGAGUCCUCUUUCAAUAACAAAGGAGACCAAAGAAAAUGGAAACUUUACUGACCCCUCCUAGAAGGCUAGAAGCCAUGCAGAAAUCACCUCUUUGUUAUUGAAGCAGCAAAAAACAAAGUUUUAAUUCGAGGGGGGAAAGAAGGUGGUCGCUAGUCCUCAUGGUUCCAAAGAAAAGGCUAGAAUUGCACAGGCACCUUUCUGGGAUUGUUUAUUUUGAAAUCCAAAGUCUACGUUUUUUUUAUUUCUCUGACUUCAUGGAAUGCAUACUCACGUCUGUAGCCACCCUCUUUCAGUGGUACUGUAGUCAAUUCUGUUUUACACAACCGAUGUUACGUGGCGCAAGGGGAUUUCUUUUUGGGAAAGGUAUCUCCUUGGAAGCACAAGCAAUGCAACUUCUCAACUUCUCAUAUUUUUUCCUCCUGUUUUUCUCCCCUUUCUUUCUUCACCUUGUUGUACGAAUGGGGCUGGGAACCAAAGACCAGGUCUGAAAGCAGAUUUGGCUCAGCUCAUUGCUUUCCUCAGUAUCCUCACGUUCUCCCUUUCUUCAUCUUGGUCUUGCUAGAACAGUGGUUCCCAACCUUUUUAUGACCAGGGGCCACUUUGACCUGGGACCACUCCCCAACAUUAGUACCAAAAGGGUUACGAAUCAGUUUUUGGUCAACUUCAGAUUCAGUUUGGUUAUUUUGGGUGCUGAUUCAGAAAAUUGCAUUGGCUAGACCACAUCAGCUCUAGUUUCUGAUACAGAACAUAUGCCAUCCAGGACUCACCAUCUGCCCACCCACAGAAAACCAUAUUUCAUAAUCUAGAGUUGAUAUGGUAGUAGGAAUCUUUAGUGGGUAGUCAGCCUCUCCCCUCCCGACAUCCCAGUUGCCUUGGCACUAUAAUAAGGUUUUGCAAGACCAGUAACUCUCGUUGCUGCAUGUUUUCAAGGCAACGGUGUAGUAAUUAUGAGGUCGCCAACCAUAUUUUUGUUCUUGGGGACCACUGGUGCUCCACGGACCACAGGUUGGGAACCACUGCUCUAGAAGUAAUCGACAUCAUAGAUUUUUUUUGAAAGGGAACCAACAUGGUUUGGGUGUGUUGUAUGUCAGCCUGUUCAGCCUGUGAUUGUGUCUGAUGCUCAUGAUGGGAAUGAUACUCAUGACUGGGUUGUUGUAGGUUUUUUCGGGCUAUAUGGCCAUGUUCUGGAGGCAUUCUUUCCUGAUGUUUCGCCUGCAUCUAUGGCAAGCAUCCUCAGGGGUAGUGAGGUCUGUUGGAACUAGGAAAAAGGGAUUUAUAUAUCUGUGGAAUGACCAGGGUGGAACAAAGAACUCUUGUCUGUUGGAACUAGGUGUGAAUGUUUCAAAUGACCACCUUGAUUAGAAUUUGAUGGCUUGGCAGUGCCUGGAGCAAUCUUUUUUUGAGAGGUGAUUAGAUGUCCCUGAGAACACAGAAAUGCUGGACCACUCUAACAACCACCAUGUCAGACUACACAAAGAAGCCAUUGAAAUCCACAAGCAUGUGGACAAUUUCAACAGAAAGGAGGAAACCAUGAAAAUGAACAAAAUCUGGCUACCAGUAUUAAAAAACUAAAAUGUAAACAGCAAAGCAGCAGAGGGAAAACAAUCAGGGACAUCUAAUCACCUCUCAACAAAAGAUUCCUCCAGGCACUGCCAAUCCAUCAAAUGCUAAUCAAGGCAGUCAUUUGAAACAUUGGUCAAGGUGGUCAUUUGAAACAUUCACACCUAGCUCCAGCAGACACGAGUUCUUUGUCCCACCCUGGUCUUUCCACAGAUAUAUAAACCCAUUUUCCUGAUUCCAACAGACCUCACUACCUCUGAGGAUGCUUGCCAUAGAUGCAGGCGAAACGUCAGGAAAGAAUGCCUCCAGAACAUGGCCAUAUAACCCGAAAAAAACCUACAACAACCCAGUGAUUCUGGCCAUGAAAGCCUUCAACAAUACAUUGAUACUCAUGAUGAUGUUCAUAUUGAUAUACAUAAUGGGAAUGGGGAUGAUGUCCCUGAUGAUGGGCCAGGGAAUGUGGGUUUGCCCGGGCCAGAGUUAAGUUCAGAAGAGAGGUCUGAGCAAGGUCACGUUCCUAUAAUAAGGUUUCGCGAGACCAGUUGCUCUCAUUGCAACAUGGUUUCAAGGCAACGCCGUAGUAAUGGUGAGGCUGUGGACCAUGCUUUCAUUUUUGUGGACCACUGGUGGUCCACGGACCACAGGUUGGGAACCACUGUGUUAGAAUGACUUGACUUUCAAAAAUUGCUUAUGUUAUAAAUAAUGUCAGUAUGCUGGAAGUUACUGCAUACUUCCAGCAUACUGGAAGUAUGCUUGAAGUAUGCAGUAGAAGUUUGGCCAUGUCUGGUAUAUAUUCUUCUAUAAGUCAACCUCCUAUAUAAGUAGAGGGCAGGUUUUGGGGCCAAAACAAUCCAUUGCGAUGUGACCCAUGGAUAAGUCGAGGGCAGAAAGGAGAAAAGCGUAAAUCAUCAUAAAAUCAAGAAAAAAGGUUCUGUUUAAACGUGUUUUUUUUGCUAUUUGCCACCAAAAUUUGCAACCAAGUCACAUGACGAAAGCAAACAUCCUCAGCAUCUGUUCUAAAGUCUUUUAGACAUUGGAGCGAAUUGGUUCCAGAACACCUAAUAUGAAAAGUAUAGUAGCCUUUUGAAGAAGGAGUGCUGACUCUCUGAAAAGACUGUGUCUUUAAAUCUUAAGCAGGAAUACAAUAUUUUGCAGGAAGCAACGCUUACCUGCGCAUCUGGAAAUCCCUGUUUUUCAAGAAGACUCUACGAAUUCCUCAGUUCCGCAAUGAAUGUAUAUAACGAUAGCUCUUCUGCACAAAUGUAUUGACUGUUUAUUUUUUACUGUUUACAUGGAAGUCGACUGAAGCUUUUUAGAGAAAUAUAUUCAGAGCCCAAACGUACGUGCGCAUAUCUAUAUACCUAUUUAAAUGUUUUGCACUACUUGCAUGUUUAACCUGCCGCCUUCCGUUGUUUUAAUCGUGGGUAACGAUCCAAGCUCAAAAUGUGCCUUCGGGUGAAUGCAAGGCGCCAGGGCUUUGGUUCUGGGGCUCUUGCAUCCCCGUGAUCUUAAAACAUGAAGUGUAUACAGAUCUUUAAAAAGAGAUGCUCCGACCUUUGGGGCAUUUCGUGGAAUAUUGUAUAUCAGGAAAAAAAAAGAUUUUUGUACAAAUUUAUAGAAAUAAAUGUAAGGAAAAAUAA